AUGCCUGAAAGUGAAUCAGAUAUUCAGAUAGGCCUUGCAGAUCAAGGUGUCACAGCCGUCAGACGCAUCUCUAUCAGGCACGAUGGCAAGUUGAUACCUACAAAACAUCUUAUAAUCAUGUUCAACAAGCCAACAUUGCCAUCUUCUGUUGCAGCAGGAUAUCUCCGUUGUCAAGUUCGCCCAUACAUUCCAAAUCCACUGCAUUGCUUUAAAUGCCAGCGGUUUGGACACUCACAAACAUCCUGCCGUGGGAAAAGUGCAUGCGCCCAGUGUGGAAACGAAGAUCAUGAGAGUAAUGAAUGUACAACUACUCCAUGCUGCGUCAACUGCAAAGAAGCUCACACUGCCUACUCCCAAAAAUGUCCUACAUGGCAAAGAGAAAAAGAGAUACAGCGGGUGAAGACUAUAAAUAAUAUACCUUACCCAGAGGCACGUCGUAUGGUCACUUUAAGUGCACCAGUGAGACAGAAGACAUUUGCUGCUGUUCUGAAAUCCACAAAGAGAUGUGGAGUUCAGACAGACAUUUCUGUUUCACCAAAUGAAUCGCUAACACGCCAUGCAAAAUGUUUGUUGAUACAAUCUACCCAAACAGCAGAAAAGGAGAACAAGAAAAGCAAAACACCCCUACCUAAAACAGGGGUCAUAACAAGAAACGUGGGUUGUAAGAAGGCUGCUAAGAACCCACUCAACAAACAAAAAUUAAAAGCAGCCAUCUCCAAAUCUAGGAGAUCAGAGGCUCAGUCUAUGAGUGAGUUCUCUGACUUCUCUGAUGAAGAGACUAAUAAGGAGGUAACACCACCAACUUCACCUCCGAAAGGCAAAUCAGCCGUAAAACUAAAGAGGGAUACCUUCACAAAGAAUGCUACCUCAAACACAUAA